AACCUCAAAAUUAAAUAGGUUAUGUGUUUUGUUUACUAAUAUUUCUGUAAAUUUAAUUUUUGAUUUAGUAAAGAACUCUACCUCUGAUUUAAGUAAUAACUAAUAAAUAAUUUAAAUUUUAAACGCUCAAUACUAGAUAAUGGACGAAGCAAGAGCCCCUUCACCGGAAGCAACAGGUUCUCCAAUGGAAUCAUCCAAAAAACCUCCAGUUUGUCUUCUAGUCUUAGGAAUGGCGGGAAGUGGUAAAACAUCGUUAGUGAAUUGUCUAGCUGGUGGCCGAGGCCCCCAAGGCGAGAAGCCCUACGUAGUAAAUUUAGACCCUGCCUGUAUAAACCUACCAUAUUUUGCCAGUAUCGAUAUAAGAGACACUGUAAAUUACAAAGAAGUUAUGAAACAAUAUAAAUUAGGACCCAAUGGAGCUAUUGUAACGAGCCUUAAUUUGUUCUCCACAAAAUUUCCUGAAGUUAUUGGAUUUUUAGGCCAAACUGGUAAAGAGUUUUGUGUUCUGGAUACUCCUGGACAAAUUGAAGUGUUUGCUUGGAGUGUAUCAGGUUCAAUUAUCACCGAAACUUUGGCAUCAACCUUUCCAACAGUUAUUUUGUACGUUGUUGAUUGUGUAAGAAGCACAUCUCCAGUUACUUUUAUGUCAAACAUGCUAUAUGCAUGUUCAAUAUUGUACAAAACCAGAUUACCGUUUAUCAUUUGUAUGAACAAAGUCGAUGUUGUUGAUGCCAGCUAUGCAAAAGAGUGGAUGACUGAUUUUGAGAGCUUCCACGAUGCUCUUGAAGCUGAUGAGAGCUAUGUCAGUAGUCUAACAAGAUCCAUGUCUUUGGCUUUAGAUGAGUUCUAUAAAAACUUAAGGGUUUGUGGUGUAAGUGCAGCGACAGGACAAGGAAUUGAUGAGUUAUUUAAAUUGGUAGAGGAAUGUCGAGUGGAGUAUGAAACAGAUUAUAGAGCAGAAUGGCAAAGAAUUAAGGUGGAGACUGAAAAAAAGAAAUUGGAGGAUUCGAUAGCCGCCCUUGAAGUGUCAGAUGGUGAGGAUUUGUUGACUUCUGUGCCUGCUGGAGUGGAGCUUUCUGAUGUUUAUUUGAGGAAACCUGAUGGUGAAAGUUCCGACGAUAGUGAAGGCGAGGAAGAAGCCUAUGCAGAUACACUGGAUGUGGAAGAAGAAAACGCCUUCAAAAAAGUGAUGCAACAACAAAAAGAGAUGCAAAUUAAACGAGCAAAAGAAGCUGAAGAUAAAAAGAAAACUCAGGGGGAAACUUCUGGGAUGAAACACUAAUCUAAUAAAUAUUUUUUUUUUUCUAAGCAGUGUAGUUUUAUUAUAGGAAAAGGAAAACAAAACCCAUUUAGUUAACGACCUUUAUUUUUUAUUCAAACAAAACGAUGCCUAGUGUCAAAUAAUAAAAAAAUAAAUAUGACAAUUCUUGUAUGUACUAACAAGUGUAAGAAAAAAAUUGACCCAUUAAUAUUAAUUUUAUUUUUUAUUAUUGCAAAACAAAAGUCAAUUUUUUUCUUAUUUGAAUAAUCAAGGAAAAUAUUCUAGAAAAUAAUUAAAGGUAUUUCUACUUUUAGACUUUGAACACUAUAAUAUCCAGCAGGACUGUGUUAAGCUUAUUAUUUUAUCACGAGAUUCUAUUUUCUUAUUACAUUAGUGUUCAAAUUCUAAACACACAUAUUUUUUUAUGUGUAAGUAUAAGAGGUUAUUUAUAGUAUAACUAAAAUAUUCUUCUAGAACAAAACAGUCUUUGCUCCCAUUUAAACAAAAGAAAAAAACAAACAAAAUAGAAACCCUAUUGCCUUUAUCAGGGAAACAAAAAAAAAGCCCUAUUUAAAACCAACAAAAAAAAAAACACUAUAACAAAAUAAUAGACAAAACACAUUAAGCAGGCGAUAGGGUUCUGAACAAAAUCACUAAUAAAAAAAACAAACAAUAAAAUAACUCUAAAAAAAAUACAUAAUCUCUUUCUAAAACUGAUUAUUGGGCGAAUGUGGUUUAGAUUGAACCAAUUUGAUUUUUCGCCCAAUGAUCAGUUCCAUUUAACAAAAAAAAGAUCAAUUUUCCUUUAAAAGAAAAAUUGAUUUGGAAACAAAUUGUCACCAGCGCCCAAGUUGCGUGUGGUGGCACUGGUAAAUGUGGGAAGUCGGGUAAACCUGUUGGGAGGGAUCGAUCUGGUUGGGAUUGCCAAAUCCCGAAACUGCAUUAAAUUGGUUGUUCUCAGUGUCGGAAAACCUAUAGAACGUUAUCAAAAAAAUUUGGUUUAAAUAUCAUAACGACAUUGCUUUUACUAUUUAAGCGAUAGUUCCUUCAUCAAUAGUUAUGAAUUCGAUUAGUUUUAUGUUCCUGUUUAAAUACUUUCAGUAGCAAUUUCAGGAUAAGAACAUUUUUAUUCAAUUUUCAAGAAGGUUUAAUAAUUUUAGUCACCAAUUCUUAAUAGGAAAUAGGAACAGAUAUCUAAGAUGUUCUCACUCCUUUGAUAGUCGGUUUAUUAUUUAUAGAAAUAAAAAUUUGCAACUCAUUUGCUUUUAGACAAUCAACUUUAAAACUUAUCUCAAUUUUCUUCCCUAUUGAGAGUCCAUGACCAAAACUAAAAAGCUUUAUGGUGUUUUGGAAUCAUUUACCUACACCAAUCAAUUCCUCCUUAAAACCAAAAACAAACAAUAUUUUUUAGUGGAUGAGUAGUAAACAACUUAUCAAGAACAUCUAUUGCAUGCAAUCAAUUUCUAGUUUUAAACAGAAAAAUAAUGUAACCUUAGAUGAAGAAACCAGCCAUAUAACUUCUACCUCAAUCCCCCAAAAAAUUAUUAACCUCAGAUUAGCUAAGCAAUACAAGGUAUAUACUUAAAAUAUAAAUUAGUAUUAACAUCUUUACAAUCACAAAAAAAUAAAACGUACCCCUUUCCAAUUCCUGUAAAUUACUCAGCUGCAAAAAAAUAAAAUUUCUGAUAAAAAAUAAAAUGUAACUCUUCGAAUUCCAUCUAUAAAUAAAUAAAUAUUGCAUCGAUGCCUUUUUUGAGAAUUAAAAAAAAAUCAUGCCCUCGCUAAAACUAGAACCGUCUUCUCUUACCCCUCGCACCUAAACCUGCAGUUAAUGGAUUCCAAGGUUCCAAAUAUUGAGCUUUUUGUCUUCCGUGGUCCUGAGCUACGCGAACAGAGAGGGGCAGGAUGGCGUUCAGUACUACUUUACCGUCCAAGUCUGCUAUUGCUGCCUGGGCUUCUUCGCCUUUGGAGA